CCCCGGGCCCCCUGCUCCCUUUCCUCCACCCCACCCCGCACCUACGACCUUCCCGAGUUCCUCGGGGGCACCUCUGUGCCAGCGCUUGACUUCUCUUCCAGGUGUCUCCUUGUCACUCCUUAGUGCAUCUUUCCGGGUAGGGCCCGAAUUGCAGCCCCAGCUUUUUGCCUGACCUUGGGUGUGACACUCAGGUCUCCGAGCCACUGUUUUCUCCUUUAAUAACUAAUAACGGGGUUCUCGUUGGAGUCCGAAGAGUGGCAGUAAAUCCUGUGUAAGCUGUAAGGAGUAGUUUAUAGGCAUGCGUUACAGUGGACUUCCUCUAACGUCGCCCAUGGCUUCUCGAAUGAAUGCUCCUGUUCUUCCCUCCCUUAUCCUAUCACAUAGGACAGUAUGCACCUUAAGAUCCUGAAGAAAAGGCACAAAAUGUUCAAGUAAUGUCUAAAAAUAAUUUGUGAGGUAAGUGAUUGUUUCUUUAGGUCGCUAAUCACCGUUUCCUCUCUAACAGCUGCCACUAACUUGCACACCUUGGAAAAGGCAAAUACGGGCAGUUCAGAUGGUCAGGGGUGACAAGUAAAUCUUUUUCUUCGCGUCUUGCCUUCGGUUUGCUCACCAGCUGCGCUAGAAGGAGAGUGUGUCCCUGGAGGAGGACUCCAUGAAGGCAGUCGAUCGGCUCUGAGCAGGGAGACCAUGCCGUCAUCAGGACACCGGCUCCGGGACGUCGAACAUCAUCCUCUCCUGACCGAAAAUGACAACUACGACUCUGCUUCCUCCUCUUCACCCGAGGCCGACGUGGCAGACAGGGUGUGGUUCAUCCGCGACGGCUGUGGCAUGAUCUGUGCCGUCGUGACGUGGCUGCUGGUCGUGUACGCGGACUUCGUGGUGACGUUUGUCAUGCUGCUGCCUUCCAAAGACUUCUGGUACUCCGUGGUCAAUGGAGUCGUUUUUAACUGCCUGGCGGUGCUGGCCCUGUCCUCCCACUUGCGGACCAUGCUCACCGACCCCGGGGCAGUACCCAAAGGGAAUGCUACUAAAGAAUACAUGGAGAGUUUGCAGCUGAAGCCCGGAGAAGUGAUCUACAAGUGCCCCAAGUGCUGCUGUAUCAAGCCCGAGCGUGCCCACCACUGCAGUAUUUGCAAAAGAUGUAUUCGGAAAAUGGAUCAUCACUGCCCUUGGGUGAACAAUUGUGUCGGAGAAAAGAAUCAGAGAUUUUUCGUGCUCUUCACUAUGUACGUCGCGCUGGCGUCCGUGCACGCGCUCGUGCUCUGCGGGCUGCAGUUCGUCGCCUGCGUCCGAGGGCAGUGGACUGAAUGCAGUGAUUUUUCACCUCCAGUCACUGUAAUCCUGUUGAUCUUCCUGUGCCUUGAGGGUCUGCUGUUUUUCACUUUCACCGCAGUGAUGUUCGGCACCCAGAUCCACUCCAUAUGCAACGAUGAAACGGAGAUUGAGAGGCUGAAGAGUGAGAAGCCGACGUGGGAGCGGAGGCUGCGGUGGGAAGGGAUGAAGUCUGUCUUUGGGGGCCCCCCCUCGCUGCUCUGGAUGAACCCCUUCGUCGGCUUCCGAUUCAGGCGACUGCAGACGAGAUCUAGGAAAGGGGGCCCCGAGUUCUCGGUGUGAGGCGCUCUCAUCGUGCUCGGACUUGUUCACGGACUUUAUUUAUUUGGGGUCGGAAAGGGUAUCAGCAGCUCAUCUGUGACCAGUAGGGCAAGUGGAGACCAGUUGCUUGCAGCAAGCAGAGUUUCAUACUUUCACGGUCACAGAUGGCGGAGUUCCCGCACUAACUGGGUGGCGCGCUGAUCCGCGUCACCGUCGAGUAACAAAGGGACGUGGCCGCGCGAAGAGGCCAAAUGUCAUUAUCUUCCUGCACAGUUAGGAGUUUUGUUAACAUACUUGGCAUUUUUAAAGAAGUUUCGUGGGUCGUUACACGGGUUAUUAAAAUCCUGUGUGCCGAGCUGCUUUUGUCAGUCAUGAAGGAAACGAGCCAAGCCGGUGACCAGGAAUUCUGCGGCUGGUGGCUUCGGGGAGCUCCCGCUGGCCCCGUGAUACCCGAGGGCCCGCCUGGGUCCAGGGGGGGCCUGGAUGCAGGAGCCGCAGGCGCUGCACGGAGCAGCAGGGCUGCAGGUUUGCUCCCCUCCCGGGGCUGGUGGGCCCUGACCCCGUGGGCAAGUCCACGCGUGUCUGUGUGUGUGCGUGCACGUGUGUUUUAAAGUGGGCCGUGUUGUUCAGGCAACGUAACACGUUAUGGGCGGGUGCCACAGACAAGCUAUUUUUUAGAAACCGAGUUUCAGGGAAGAGGGGAGAGCUGCGCGGGGUCCUCCCUCCCGUGGGGUUUACUGUGAAUGUACUGCAUAUGGAGAAUAUCUCAAUCCAAAGAACAAUCAUUCCUGUGUGGUCUUCUGUCGCCCUCCUGUUUUAAUUUUCUUUUUAAAUCUUGAGUGCGUGAGAGGGCUUUGGCACUGACCUGUCUGGUUCCGGCCAAAUGAGCAGCGUGUAAACGGCCCCUCCGUGAGAGGAGAGCCGCGUCUGUGGCGGCCUGGUACCUGCAGCCUGACGCUCGCGCAGCUGGCCGUGCAGGGGGCGCGCGCGGGGCCCUGAGGAGGUGGGGGGGCCGCGAGGCAGGAGCCCCCGGGCCCCGUGGCCUCGCUUGCAGACAGUAUUCAGGAUGGCCACAGCUUGUUGGAUUUUUCAGUUUUUACCUUUUUGGGGUAUCAUUUUGUUUCUUUACCCACGUCACAAGCGAUAAAACAGGACCCUUGGUGCAGAGCUUAAAAUUACGCCAGAAAGCAAGCGGCUCCCCUCCCUGGGGACUCGCCUUAACCUCGCCUGGUCUGUCGGCGUUUCGCGGGACUGAGGAGGAAAAGCCAUCUCUGACAAGGCCUGGGGGGGGCCCUGAGCCCACGUCCCACGCUGAGAAGAGUGGGCGUCUCCCUCCUGGUCUCCACGCCUCUUUGCUCACCUGUGAGCUGUUUUGCUUUCGUUUGCAUUAACCCGUCCCCUGUCCUGAUGAGGGUUUCGACCACUGCUGGCGCAGAGCCACAAAGGGCCCACUGGACAACAGUCUAGCUGAGUACGCGGGCUGUGGGAUGGGUGUGAAAUGGACUCGGUCACUGCAGAAAAGUGGGCUGUGACGGGGGGGGGGGGGCGCUGAAUCGCAGCCGGAGGACUAACAGAACAGGAGACUGAUGGGUUUCCCGAGACCGUUCUGCAGUAUCCGUCAUCUGGGUUGGACGUGUGUACUGGGCUUCAAUGUGAGGCUUUUCAUAUGUAUAUCCUGGUUAUCAAUAAAAACAAUUAUCGAAGUGGUUGAAUCCUGUGAGACUUGGCAAAUAUGUGCAAAUCAAGUAUACUUGACUUUUCAACCUCUUCUUUCAAUGUAACUUUUU